CUUAAAGAGCACUGCGCGUACCUGCGCACGCUGGUCUCUUGUGAAUGGGAUGGUGACUCGCUCAAAGAAGUCGAAUAUUUAAGACGAGUCACUUUGAUCUUCAAACUGACGGGUUCAUUAGCUAGAUAGUUUACGGACCCGUUAAAUAUUUAAAAUCACAAGCCGAAGCGACGGUCUGGUGUGACUUGGUCAUCCUUGGUCUGCGUCAUGACCCAGAGGGCAUCUGUUGGCUGCACCCAUCUGACCUUGACCUUAGCUCUGACGCUGACACUAGGCCUGUUGCAGUGGCCUUUGGGAGAGGUCAGAGGUCAAGGGGAGCUUUCUGCCACGCUGGUCCUGCAGGACCUGCUGAGUCGUUAUGGCGACAACGGUACCAUCUCCAUGCCACAGUUGCGGAUGCUUCUUACACGCCUCAAUGCCGAGAGGAGCAAGGAAAAGGACGUGGAGACCAACACCACGUGUCUGGCUGCAGGCACUCUGGCGGUUCACGGGCUGAGUGAGCAGUCCCGUUUGGACGGACCAGGUCUGCAGGAACUCUGUCCCACCAUGUUGCAUCAACUGGACUCCCGUGUGUGUCGGGCUGAACAGAACCAGCAGCCGGACCCCAGCGCCGGGCCGUCUGAUGCAGAGGUGUGGGGGUUGGCGGUGCUGAGUGUGACUGUAGUCAGUGUGUUUGCCCUCACCGGUGUGUGUGUCGUCCCACUGAUGAGGAGCCACCUCAUGCGCAAAGUUCUCAUCUUUUUCAUCGCUCUGUCCAUCGGAACGCUCUUCUCCACUGCCGUCUUCCAGCUUCUGCCGGAGGCUUUUGGGUUUGACCCCAUGGAGUCAUACUACGUGUCCAAGUCUGCAGUGGUCUUCGGAGGUUUCUACCUCUUCUUCUUCACAGAAAAAAUACUGAAGAUGAUCCUUAAGCCGAAGGGCGGGGGGGGACAGGGUCACAGCCAUUUCACUGUGGAGCGCUAUGGUAAUGGGGACAUGGAGGACGGUGUUAUGGAGAAGCUGCAGAAUGGAGAGAGUGGGGGAGGGGCGUCCUUACCCCGAACAGAUGGAGAAAUCAGAGGGGUCGCUGAGGAUGACAAGAUGCUGAGCACGGGACUGACGGUCCAGGACUCUCAGAGUUCUGGUGGUGGAGGCCGGGGUACAGGUGGGUGUUACUGGCUGAAGGGUCGUGCGUACUCUGACAUCGGCACGCUGGCCUGGAUGAUCACCCUGAGUGAUGGCCUCCAUAACUUCAUCGACGGCUUGGCUAUCGGAGCCUCCUUCACCGCCUCUGUGUUCCAGGGCAUCAGCACAUCAGUGGCCAUACUGUGUGAAGAGUUCCCCCAUGAACUAGGUGAUUUUGUCAUCCUGCUGAAUGCGGGCAUGAGCAUCCAACAAGCUCUCUUCUUUAACUUCCUCUCGGCCUGCUGCUGUUAUCUGGGAAUGGGCUUCGGCAUUCUAGCUGGGAAUCGCUUCUCUCCAAACUGGAUCUUUGCACUGGCAGGAGGGAUGUUUCUCUACAUCGCCCUGGCAGACAUGUUCCCUGAGAUGAACGAGGUAAGCCGAGAAGAAGAGGAGGCCGGGGGGAGCGGCUCCUUCCUGACGUUUGUCAUCCAGAACGCCGGGCUGCUGACCGGCUUUGCCAUCAUGCUGCUCUUGACCAUCUACUCGGGACAGAUCCAGCUUGGAUAACGAGAUUCCUGGGAUUCACCCAGUCCUGGGCCUAAACCCAGAGACCACUACACUAGACUUAACUUUUCACCCCUCAUCUUGAGGGUCUGUCCAAAGAGGCAUGAGGGCAAGAUUCACACCUUCUCUGAGGCUGACUGUGCAAUUAUAAACCAGCCCCCUUACAUCAGCACAAGGAGAAGGGGGUGUGGCCUCUGGGAACCAGGUCUCUACCGGCCUGAACUCAAACCUGACUGAGCUGACAGAGAUGCAAUAGACAACUCAAAUUGACGAAUAUGCAUCAGUGCUUUCUCCGUGCACUGUACCAUCUCCCUCUUUCUUCUUCUUUGUGUUUGGUCUCUGCUUUUGUUCCCGACUCUUCUCUGACCCUCCUGUGUUCAUAGUAGCCUUGUCUUCAAUCACCAUGAAAGGACAGUUUAAAUCGUUUGUUCUCAACUCCCACGGUCCUUCCACUUCACUGUAUUCUCUUCAGAGCCACUGUUAUGAUAAUAUAUGAGUCCCGAGUGCUACAUCUAAAAGAAUGGGAAUCCACACUAACCCUCCUUCCAGGCAAGGUCGCCUCUGUCUGAAACCUGUCUCUGGAAGGCUUCUCAAUCCUCAUGGGUGUUGAAAGAUAUCCAGCCAGUGGUUUUUUGUUUGUUUGCACCUGAACCAGUCCAUUGAGGGCUGUAGAUUCAUUAGGAACUCAGAUUAACCAAAAAUGUGAACUGAAUUAUGAUCCACUGAUGUGGACCCCAGAAUUCCCGUUCCUUGCUAUUCCAUUAUCUUAGUAGUGGAUUGUUAGUUAUAGCUGCUACUCACUAGAAUGAACACAGGUAAAAUUCAACAGCCCCUAUUGUAAUUUAUUGGGUAUUUUUUAACAUCACUUCUGAGAAAACCUCUGUGCUAUGUUAGCCCUUAGCCUAGCCUGGAAAUGACAGUUUUCUCAAGCUGUGGCUUUUAUCCCAAAUGUCAUUCCAGAACAGCUUUUUCAUGUAGGUAAAAAUAAUUUUUUGUGUGUGUUUUGUACAUGUCAAAGAAUCAGAAAUGGAUCUACGAGACCAAAUAUGUGCCCUUGUUUUGCAGAGUCCCCUUAUGACCAUGGGCUUUUUUGUUGUUGUUUAGUUUUCUUGACUUUUUGCCCUCAGCUCCAUAGUGUUUUUUGUCUGUGUCUGUUCUCAGUCUUCCUCGGGAAGAAUGGAUCGUCUGGUUGUGUCCAGGACAGACGACCCCCGCGCCCCCAAGCUGCUGUCCUCAUUAGCUUUUUAAUAGGUGUUUUUCCCUACGGACAGCCAUGAACACCGCCUUGACACUGUUCCCAUGGAGACUUGUUAUUUAUUUCUCUUUAUGUACCUCUGUGUGCAUUAUGACGUGACCACUGGUGAAGGUAAUUAUUGGACUGACAGUGACUAGAUGAAGGAGAGUAACACUUGUAUGAAGGUGAUGAAAUGUAAUGCACAUUCCUCUAAACUGGAUGUAGAUUGAAUUUUGCCCUUCUGUGUAGAAUACCAAAUAAACCCAGAGGUAGUUAGAGGUAGUCACAGAUGAGGAGCCUCCUCAGGUCCCUGUCUUGCCCCCGGCAGCCUGUUUGCCGUGUUGCAUUUUCUGUGGUGUAGAACACCUGACCUCUGAUCAGGGAGGGUUUGAGCUUUAGCUGACCAGCUGAGUAAGGUGUAAUGACAGGACCAACGCAAACACCAGGGAGGACUAGACAGACGAAUGGACGGACGUCAUUUAAACAUCAUAAGUUAGAGCUGAAAUCUAGUUGAUACUUAACGGUUUCUGCCUUUGUUCCCUUUAAACUGGGUUUGUUGGGACGCUGUGUGGUGUAUGUCCAUUAAACAUCUUGCACUCUGGUCUUUUUUUUCUGUCUCACGUUCUUUGUUCACUUCCAUCACGUGGCUUUCUGAACCUUGGAGACAUGCAUUAGUUCUUAGUAAACUCAACAUGCAGUUCAGAAUAACACCACAAGAUGGGAGAAGAGAUUUAUUAAAUCAAACAAGCCACAGAGGAGCCAUCACGCAUACACACAAAUCUGUAUUUUAGUGUUUCAAAUGUAUUUGCAUUUUGAAUCAAGAUGUGUUUUUUUUUGUUUGUUUGUUUGUUUUUGUUUUUUAACAUUUUUAAAUUUUCUUUUGAAAAUGCCUAUUUUUAAGAAAAGCUGGAGGAAACCGAAUGACCUUUACUACAGCGUUUAAACGCUUUGUGCAUGUGUCUGUCCUGUUUAGUUUUUAACCAAUGGUGCACUGUAUCUUGUUCCUGGAGGCAUCAUUUAAACUUUAUGGGAGAAUCCCAGGCGUAUUCCAUGUAUUAUCAUCGUUGUUUGAUCUAUAAUAGGACAUUAACAUAAAAAGAAAAAAUUGCUUGUGUGUAGUAGGUUGUGUGAUAAAUGAAAGUGGUGUUGAAGAGAAGUUUUGCUCUUCUCUGCAGUUGCCCAGGGUUUGUGUUUGUCAUCCUCCAGGCAAAAUAUGUGGAUGUUAGUCUCUAAACUCCCAUUUUGUUGUGAGUUCUGGAGUAUGGAAUACAAAAAUAUCUGGCCUGAUGAGUGAUUUCUUCACAGUGUUUAUUUGAAAACUGAAGCCAGUGAAAUGUUUAAUUAUGAUCAAGGACAUGUUGCACUAUGGACCAGCUUUGUUGGGUGACUUUUGAGAAAUGCAAUUUUGCUUGUACUUUCGAUACUUAAUCUGUGCAGUCAAUCAUAUUUAUACAGUUUUGAAUUUUUUCCUUCAGGGAAAACAUGCAACGUUGAUUUUUAACCAUCAGUUGGUUUAUUUUAUUCAGUUCUAUAGUAAUUAAACCUACAGGCAGGCCUGACUGCUUCAAACUUUCAUAACUAAUGUAUUGUAAUGUGCUUGAUCACUUGGCAGAUAUCAAUAGCCAUCUGUUAAUUAUGAUGAGGAAGGCUGUAGUUGGCAGUCAUAUUCAUGUAUUAAGACAUUUUUUAAUUGAAUGAUCCAGUACUAUAUUAGAUCCAGUUCUGAGCAUCAUUUUUGUAUCGUAGUUGAGACUGUGGUAUUUAAGACAACAUAUAGUUUUGAUAAUUCAACCUAUUUAAUUGUGACUCUGUGGGGGUGUGGGUAUUUUUAGAAGAGCCUGCCUUUCUAAAAGUAGAAACGUUCAUCUCUUGUUUGAGUUGUUUUACUGCCCAUGUAUAAACAUUUUUCUUUGGGAACUUUGUUACAUAAAUGUUUGUCUGCUUACACAUGUGUCCUGCCCUUUGCAAUCGAAUUCCUGAACACAAUAUUUGACGUCAUAUUACCCGUAAUAAACCUCCGUUUGAGUUUACCGAU